GGUAUAUAAGGCGAGGAAUGACCAGUGGUCGCCACAGAGUACCACACCUCCAUAGCUAUGAGAUCCACCGUGCUUGCGCUGCUGCUGGUCGUCGCCUGCUUUGCCGCAGUCGACGCAGGUUUUCUGGGAGGAUAUCAUAGCUACCCCAUCAUCAAAAGCUACCAUAGCUACCCCGUCUACAAGAGUUACAGCAGUUACCCCAUCUAUAAGAGCUACAGCAGCUACCCCGUCUACAAGAGCUAUAGCAGCUACCCCAUCUACAAAAGUUACAGUUCACCGAUAGUCAUCAAGAGCUACGGCUCAGGCUGGUGGUAGAACGUCACCACCAGAGAAAUUGUUUGCCCAAUUUCUUUAUAACUUUAAACAACUAAAUGCGUUUUUUGUCAUCAUGCCUUCAUCUCAAUCAACAAAUGUUUGCCUUUUUUGGUUUCGAACAGUUUAAUUUCACACCAAUUUUAAGUUAAGCUAAAUAUGUAAACAUGAAAUUUGUUAUAUGUUCAUUCUUUUUCCAAUUUUCUAUUUCCUGUAUCUCUCGCUUGAAUCUCUUUAAACAAGUUCUAGUCUCAUGAUGUCUUAUGUUACCAAUAAAAUUCUAGUUAUUAAUA